GCAGAGAAAAGGAAAAAAUAAUUCCUCUCCUCGCCGGAACCCUAGAAAUAGAUUCCGUUCAAUUGCUUCAAUUCACUCCGUUUAGUCAUCAGUUUCUCUUCCAAUGGGUUCCAGAGAUGCAGACCCAAGUCUAGGUUAUCUCACUCGCAAGGAAACGGAGGUAAAGCUUCCUAGACCUACGCGGGUGAAGAACAAAACCCCAGCUCCAAUCCAAAUCACCGCCGAGCAAAUCCUCCGGGAAGCUAGGGAACGUCAAGAGGCUGAAAUCAGACCACCAAAGCAGAAAAUCACUGACCCAACAGAGCUUGCCGAUUACCGUCUUCGCAAGAGAAAGGAAUUCGAGGCGUUGAUUAGCCGUGUACGGUGGAACAAGAGUGUGUGGGUGAAAUAUGCUAAGUGGGAAGAAUCACAAAAGGAUUUCAAACGUGCUCGUUCUAUAUGGGAGCGUGCACUUGAAGUGGAUUACCGUGACCAUACCAUGUGGUUGAAGUAUGCUGAUGUGGAGAUGAAGAAUAAGUUUGUUAAUCAUGCUCGUAAUGUAUGGGAUCGAGCUGUUACUCUUUUACCGAGGGUUGAUCAGUUAUGGUACAAGUAUAUUCAUAUGGAGGAGAUGUUAGGUAAUGUGGCUGGUGCUAGACAGAUUUUUGAGAGGUGGAUGGGUUGGAUGCCUGAUCAGCAAGGGUGGUUGUCUUAUAUUAAAUUUGAGUUAAGGUAUAAUGAAAUAGAGAGGGCAAGAGCGAUUUUCGAGAGAUUUGUGCAGUGUCAUCCGAAAGUUAGUGCUUGGAUUAGGUUUGCGAAAUUUGAGAUGAAGAAUGGGGAGAUAGGAAGGGCGAGGAAUUGUUAUGAGAGGGCUGUGGAUAAGUUGGCAGAUGAUGAGGAAGCUGAGCAGUUGUUUGUGGCAUUUGCUGAGUUUGAGGAGAAGUGUAAGGAGACGGAGAGGGCAAGGUGCAUAUAUAAGUUUGCACUUGAUCACAUACCGAAAGGGCGAGCUGAAGAUUUGUACAGGAAGUUUGUGGCAUUUGAAAAGCAGUAUGGUGAUAGAGAAGGUAUUGAGGAUGCUAUAGUUGGAAAAAGGAGGUUUCAGUAUGAGGAUGAAGUAAGGAAGAAUCCACGUAACUAUGACACGUGGUUUGAUUAUAUUCGGCUGGAAGAGAGCGUUGGAAAUAAAGAGAGGAUUAGAGAGGUUUAUGAGAGAGCCAUCGCUAAUGUUCCUCCUGCUGAAGAGAAGCGAUAUUGGCAGCGAUACAUUUACUUAUGGAUUAAUUAUGCAUUAUAUGAAGAGCUUGAUGCAGAAGACAUGGAAAGGACCAGAGAUGUCUACAGGGAGUGUCUUAAGCUGAUUCCGCAUCAGAAGUUUUCAUUUGCAAAGAUUUGGUUGUUGGCUGCCCAGUUUGAGCUUCGGCAGUUAAGACUCAAGGAGGCGCGACUUCUACUUGGAGAAGCAAUUGGAAGGGCUCCUAAAGACAAGAUAUUUAAGAAGUACAUAGAGAUAGAGCUGCAUUUUGGAAACAUAGAUCGUUGCAGAAAGCUUUAUGAGAAGUACUUGGAAUGGUCUCCAGAAAAUUGCUAUGCUUGGAGCAAAUUCGCCGAGUUGGAGAGGUCCUUGUAUGAAACAGAUAGAGCCAGGGCUAUUUUUGAGCUUGCAAUUGACCAACCUGCUCUGGAUAUGCCAGAGUUACUAUGGAAGGCUUACAUCGACUUUGAGAUCUCUGAGGGUGAAUUUGAAAGAACUAGAGCACUAUAUGAAAGACUUCUUAACCGCACAAAACACUUAAAGGUAUGGAUAAGUUAUGCGAAGUUUGAGGCUUCGGCUAUGGAUCCAGAGGCUGAGGAAGAUAUUGAACUGAAAAAGAACUGCCUGCAACGUGCCAGAGAUGUUUUUGAGAGGGCAGUUUCUUACUUCAGAAAUUCGGCACCUGAACUAAAAGAAGAAAGAGCAAUGCUUCUCGAAGAGUGGCUAAAUAUGGAAAGUGGUUUUGCUGAGCUUGGGGAUGUCAGUUUAGUCCGUGCUAAACUACCAAAGAAACUCAAGAAGAGAAGGCAAAUAGACAUGGAGGAUGGUCCAGCAGCUUACGAGGAGUACAUAGACUAUCUUUUCCCAGAGGAAACACAGACCACAAAUCUCAAAAUCUUGGAAGCUGCUUACAAAUGGAAGAAGCAGCGAGUUGCAUCUGAGGAGGAUUAGCCAGCUCUGUUAGCUUCCAUUUGAUUUUGUGUUCUUUUUGUUUUCCCUUUCUCUCUUGUAUUAAAUGUUGAAAGAAAAGUUGUGAAGAGUUUGUAAUACACAUUGUAUCUCUUAUCUCAACAAGUCUAAUCUGGCAUUGUUGUGCACUCAAAAAAGGUGUGGCACAGGAGGCCUAGUAGAAUGCUAUGUAGUGAGACGGAGUAAUCCAAUUUUUUUUUUUUGUUACGUUCUCAUGGCAACGAUGUAUUGUAAAUUAUGUUAGUGUACUUCAACCAGUUUGAACAUAGUUCAUCUAUCUUGAUCAUUUCCCUUAUUACC